AUGCCAACGCAAUUAACGUUCGUAUUCUUGUACGUUAUUCACCUCUCCGCCUACACGUUUCAGACGAUGGUGGGGGAGGUUGUUAGCUCAAGGGUCGCCGGCGACGCGCCGCGGAGCGCGCUAGCCGCUCAGUCGAGGUGCGAACGCCGCGAGUUUCGGACGAACGAUCAAUCAACGACCACAGCAACCAUGGUUUACGAGAGCGAUUUCUACACCACCCGCCGCCCCUACAGGCCCUCCAGCUACAGCGUAACGCGGCCGACUCUCGGCGACUGGGAGAAGGUGCCGUUCGUGCCGCGGCCCAGCCUCGUGCCGGACCCGGUGACGGCGUUCGGGCGCCGCGGCAGGAGCGGGGCGCGCCCCUCGCUCCUCGACCCGGUCGCGCGCCAGAACAUCGCGCCGAAGCCCGAGUCGAAGCUGGCGCCGCUCGCGCCGUACGUGUCGCCGCGCGAGCAGACCCGCGAGCGCGUGCUGGCGGCGGUCGGCCAGAGGGAGCGCGCGUUCGAAUCCGACCCGCUGGGCACCCCGCGCGACCACAUGGACGUGCUCCUGGCGCACGCGCACGGCCGCCCGCUGCACGCGCCGCGCCGCCACCCGGUCGGGGUCGGUGUAGGGGGCGCGCGGGUGCUAAGGGCGCGGUUGUUGCAGACGCCGCGGCACUACGUGGUGGUGGACCGGGAGCCGCUGCCGAGGCGCGCCGAGGAGCAGUACUCUUACUCUUACUCGAGCAGCAGCGAGCGCUCGACGGGCAGCGGGCUGCCGCAGCGCAGCUCUUACAGCAGCACGGUGGAGCGGCGCUCGGGCACCGGCCCGGGCGGCUACAGCUACAGCAGCGAGCGCACCAGCAACCUCGGCGGCCCCGGCGGCUACUCCUACUCGUCGACGAGCAGCGGCCGCCUGCCAUACGGAACCACCUACCGCCACUACUCUUACCGCCCGCUGACAUCCGUCUACUACCUAUCGCCCUUAGUAUCGUAUUACAAUGUCCCGUACGUAACGUACAUACCCAAGCUGUCACAGGCUGAGCUCAUCUACCGGCCGCAGCAUCGCGCUCUCACCCGACUCGCCACGUACCCCGAGGCGCCACACCACGUGGUGCGCGUGCGCGUGCGUCCCUCCGUCAUCCUGAGGGAACUGGACAGGAUCGCUUACCGCCGCCGCCCCGCGCUGGCCGUCUCCGCUGUCGACGACUUCUUCCGCUCCGAAUCCACCAAGUCGUUCGAAGACGAAACUCGUCGCAUCCGCGCCGACACCGCGGCGCUCCUGCAUCGCGCCCGCUCCGUCGUCCCGCGCGCCAAGUCUGUCGCGCCGCUCGACACCAUCUACUCGUACUCCUACGGGGAGCCCGUGCCGUACCGCUUCAGCAAUGAUGCGUACGUAGCCAAACUCCUUCUGCCGCUGCGCAGCGUAACAGACAGCAUCCACAGCAUCUCGUUUUACAACGAGCCCGCCAAGAAGUUCACAGGGCGCGGCCACCUCGCGUGCGUGCACUACUCGGGCAAUAGGGCGUUCUCCAACCGGCGGCCGCUCUACAAGGAGCUGAGCAUCAGGGAUGACGUUAACCUGCUCUCGUUUUACGCGAAGAAUAGACUUGCCGCGGCCGGUUUGGCCGGCGAGAAGGCCACAGUGAAGCUACUCCCGUGGAGGCCGAGCCGCAAGUUCCAGGCGCCGUCCAUGAUGGAGGACCCCGGCCUCGAGCUGAAGGCCGCGAAGGCGGAACGCGCCGCCCGCUUCCGCGCCACCACGGCGGAGCCCGUGCUCGCGCCGGCCACGGACCUGGCCGAGAUCAAGAGGAAACGGCAGGAGGAGGCGCGCGCCGCAGAGGAAAAGGCCCUAAAGGAGGAGGCAAAACGAGAGGCGGAGCGUAAGGCUCAGGCUGAAAGGGAAGCGGCAGAGAAGAAGAAGGCGGAAGAGGAAGCGCGUAAGGCUGAAGAGGCCAAGCGCAAGGCUGAGGAAGAAGCAAGAAAAGCGGAGGAAGAAGCCAGGAAAGCCGAAGAAGCAAGGAAGGCUGCGGAGGAGGCUAAAAAAGCUGAAGAGGCACGGCUCGCUGAAGAGGCGCGGUUAGCCGAGGAAGCUAGAUUAGCUGAAGAAGCUAGAAAAGCAGAAGAAGCGAGAUUAGCAGAGGAAGCUCGCGUGGCAGAAGAAGCCCGAUUGGCCGAAGAAGCUAGACUAGCAGAAGAAGCGAGAUUGGCGGAAGAGGCACGAUUGGCUGAAGAAGCUAGAUUAGCUGAGGAGGCUCGCCUUGAAGAAGAAAGAUUAGCUGAGCAAAGGAGACAGGAGGAACUAGCCCGUCUAGAAGAAUUGGAACGACAGGCUCAAGAAGAACGUGAAGCAGAAUUGGCAAGACAGGCUGCUGAAUUAGCUGAAAUCGCUAGACAAGAAUCUGAGCUGGCUGCACAACGUCUCGAAGAAUUAUCGCACAGUGGCUCUGCCGCUGAGGUUGCUGAAGUGGAGGGCGGCGACCUACCUGAGGUUGACAGCCAACCUAUUGUCGAGGAGCCAGAAAGUCCCGAAGUAAUCCCCGAUGCUAUUGCUGGUCAGCCCGAUGCCGCUGAAGUAAGCGAAGACGAAAAGGCGGAGCCAGAUGUAACGGACGAAGAG